UGAUUAUCACUUAAGAGGUUCAAUUUGAUGCUUCUCAGCUAAUAUUUACAUUGUUCAUGCAGCAUCCUGGAAAUAUUGCAGUUGAUGAUGUCAAUGGUGGAAGAUUGAUCUUUUAUGAUUUUGGAAUGAUGGGAAGGUCCUUCAAGCAAUGAUUCAAAUGGGUGUUCUUGUCCCAACUGGCGAUAUGACUGCUGUUAAACGAACAGCACAGUUCUUCCUCAAUAGUUUUGAAGAGAGUCUGGCUGCACAAAGGAGAGAGAGAGAGAGAUGGCAACAGCUGAACUUGGAUUCAAAAAGCCAUUAAGCAAAGAGGAAAAAGUAAUGAAGAAGAAAGAACGUUUGGCUGCUAUUGGUGAGGAUUUAUUAGCCAUUGCAGCGGACCAGCCCUUCCGGUUUCCUGCCACAUUCACAUUUGUUGUUAGAGCCUUCUCAGUGUUGGAUGGCAUUGGAAAGGGCCUUGAUCCUCGUUUUGAUAUUACUGAGAUCGCCAAGCCUUAUGCUCUGGAGUUGCUAAAAUUCCGUGAGGCAGGAGUUGAAGUUAUCAUAAAGGACUUCCGAAAGAGAUGGGACAGACAAUCUCAAGCAUUUUACAACUUAUUUAGACAGGCUGAAAGGGUUGAAAAGCUUGCUGAAAUCAUCCAAAAAUUGGAGCAAGGUGAUCUAAAGCUCCGAGUCCGAACUUUGGAAUCUGAGAGGGCAUUCCAGCGUAUUGCCACUGUCCAGAAGACAAUAGGAAAUGCAAUAGCUGCUGGGAGCCUAAUAAAUCUUGCAACAAUUCUGUAUCUUAACUCAAUUAGGGUGCCUGCCACUAUAGCAUAUGUCUUUUGUGCAAUCUUUGGUUUUCAAGUUCUCUUUGGCAUUGUGAAGAUCAAGAAGCUAGAUGAAAGGGAAAGAUUUAGGAUGGACAUGUAGCUCAUGUUAAGUUCAUGGUUACAAGUCAACCUCCGGGGCAUCAAAAUGAAUAGGAGGUCAAAGUAAGAGCUAACAUCUUGGAAGACAUCAACACGUGCUAAGGCUUUAUGCUGGAGGCUUCUGUUCUUUAUUUUGCUAAAGUGAUCGGGCUGAGGUAGCCAAUUGGCGAGCCACAUUUUUGUAGUUAACAUGACCCCGCCUCACGCUCCCUUAUUGCAAAAUUUUAUAACAUUUAUUACCCUUUUUCUUCUUACCUCCAUAUUGUAAAUUUUAUAGGCAUUGGUGUAGCGUUUAUUGUUGUCAUCACCAUAUGGUAUGGUUCAGCUUCCAAUAUAGUCCGACAGCGGGAAGCUUUUCAUGUAACUAACGUACAUAAAUUUGUCAAAUGAAAAUGCAAAUGCAUGUAUUU